AUGCCAUCUAGUCUCAAAUCCCGCACAAAUAUGGCUUCAAUAUCCAAAGUUACAAGAAAUAGUAGUGAAGCACCGUCACAUUUAACCAUUAAUGAAUGGUUUAAUUAUGCCAGUUCAACGAUUUCUGCUGUUGGUCUACGAGAUUUUCCAAGUAUGGACGAUGUUCCAACUCCAACACCAACAAGUAAAGUACGUUCCAAACAAUUUGAAAAAAAUGCGGAAUCAAUCUUUAUUCUUCCUGGUCUUGAACUAAGCUUUCAAACACGUCAAUUAAACGGGGAAGUGUAUUGUAGUUUUGAAACAGAAUUUUACGAGCAUAUCAUGUUUACAUUCAAUGCAGAACAUUUUUAUUUCUUACAUGAUCUUAUUUCAUCGUAUAUUAAAGAAAAAGCAUUAACCGUAACAACAAGUGAUAAGCCACGGCAGCGACCGGCACCACCACCACCAACGCCGGCAUCGGCAACAACGUCGAAUCCAAUGGAAAAUCAAACAUUAACAACGUUUGAUGAACCUCCAAGUGAUGAUAUACGCCGUUUUCAUUGUCCAGAUACUAAAUGGAAAUUACAGCCAACAAUAAAACUUCUAACUGCAUACGGAAAUGAAGUUGAACCAUUUGGUGCUGAUUAUAUUUUACAAAAAUUAGGUUUUCGUCAUGCCCGUUUAACAAUACCGAAAUGGCUUCAGCGUGGUAUUAUGGAUCCAUGUGAACAAUCGAUGACUGUCGUACAAUUGUUUCUCAUAUUUCUUCUACCGGAACGUUUCAAAGAGAUAUGCAUGCGGCAGUAA